AUGUACGCACUUUUGCAUUUAUCAGUAAAUAAAGGAAUGAUUAUUACUCAAAAGUACUUGGUAAGUGGCCACACCCAGAUGGAGUGCGACAGCAUGCACUCCACAAUUGAACGAAAAACUCGUAAUAUAGAAAUCUAUUCUCCUGCUGGCUAUAUUGCUGCCUCCAAAUCAGCUAGAUUGAAUCCUAAGCCCUAUGAAGUUAAGUAUUUGAGUCAUAGGUAUUUUAAAAACUUUUCUGCACUCAAGUACCACACUUCCAUUCGCCCUGGCUAUAAAACAGGGGAUCCUACGGUUAAUGAUUUGUGCGCUAUUCAAUACAGACCUGACGGAACGCUACACUAUAAAUUGAGUUUUGACGAUGAUUGGAUGUUGCUGGAUAAGAGAUCAAGCAGGAAGAGUCAAGGGGCUGGAGAGAUCGUUCCGCUUUAUCAAAAUCCAUUGCCAAUUAAGAAAAGUAAAUACGACCACUUGCAAGACUUGAAGGCAAUCAUACCUCCAGACUAUCAUCUCUUUUAUGACACCCUGCCAUUUGAAGCCGAUUAG